AUGGUUUCCAUGACUAUUAUUAUAGAAUUGCUAGUUUUGUUAACGUACCUCUUGGAUACUAAUGCAUCGAACAUUUCAACUGAUGAGGCUGCUCUUUUAGCUUUCAAAGCUCAUAUAACUUCAGAUCCAAAUGGAAUGUUGUCGAAAAACUGGACCAAAGGGACUCACGUUUGCAAUUGGAUAGGCAUAUCUUGCAGUAUAAGGCAUCAAAGAGUGACAUCACUAGACCUCAACGGCCUCAGACUAAGAGGUUCAAUUGCCACAGAAAUUGGGAACCUCUCAUUUCUUAGUUUCCUGGACAUUGGCAACAACAGCAUCCACAGCAAAAUCCCUGAUGAACUCGGCUAUUUGAGGAGGCUAAAGUACUUGUCCUUGUCAAUGAAUAAUCUCACAGGUCAAAUUCCAGCAAGUCUAGGAUUACUGAGAAGGCUCGAAUCACUUGAUCUUUCUGAAAAUGAUCUCCUUGGAUCUGUUCCUUCAUCUAUCUUCAAUGUCUCUUCUUUGAAGGUCAUCAAUUUGAUUUAUAAUGCACUGUCUGGGACUUUGCCGAAUGACAUUUGCCAUAAUCUUCCGCGGCUGGAGGGAUUACAAAUAGCAAGAAAUCAACUCUCUGGCCAACUACCAAGCAACUUAAACAAAUGCAAAGAGCUUACAUACUUGUCCUUGUCAUAUAACCAGUUCACAGGAAACUUGCCUAGAGACAUGUGGAACUUGACAAAACUUCAACAUCUAUUUCUUGGAUGGAAUAACAUAACAGGACAUAUACCAAGUGAAAUUGAUAACCUAUCAGCAAUUCGAAGAUUAAGUCUACGACGGAACAAUUUGGUGGGAAGUCUUCCACCAUCUAUUGGAAAUUUGUCAAAUCUAGAGAUGAUAGACCUAGGUGACAACAGUCUAUAUGGUGGCAUUCCUCAGGAGUUUGAACAUCUUGUAAAUUUGAAAGAAGUGUAUCUUGGUCCAAACAGAUUAUCGGGUGAAGUUCCAAGGCGUAUGUACAACAUUUCUGGACUAAAAAAGAUUUCAUUUGUAGCAAAUACGCUUUCAGGAACACUUCCCCCAAACAUAGGCCAUACUCUUCCAAAUCUUGAAGGCCUUUACCUUGGGGAAAACCAGUUCACCGGGCUGAUUCCUACCUCCAUUGUGAAUUCCACCAAGCUUAUCCAGCUUGAUUUUGGUCGCAAUCUGUUUAGUGGACCUGUACCUAUGAAUCUUGGAAAGCUACAACAGCUUCAAUUCAUCAACUUGCAAGUAAACCAAUUGACGAAUGAUCAAUCUACAGGCGAGUUAAGUUUCCUGACUUCAUUAUCUAAUUGCAAGUAUUUGAAAACCGUUCAAAUAGGAGGUAAUCAAUUUAAUGGAAGUCUUCCAAAAUCUCUAGGUUCAGGAAACUGGUCCUUUUCCCUUGAAUAUUUCAUUGCCAUUCAAAGUGGUAUCACAGGAAAAAUUCCAACUAACAUCAGUAACUUUAGGAACUUGGAGUGGUUAACAUUGGGAGACAAUAAGCUUAUAGGAUCUAUUCCUCCAGAUUUGGGGAACUUGAGGAAUUUGAAAAGAUUUAGCCUGGAGAAAAACAAUUUAGAUGGUAUUAUACCAACUAGCUUGUGUAACAUGGAAAACUUGUACCAAAUUAUCUUGGGGAAAAAUCAACUUUCUGGUGAAUUACCAAGUUGUUUUGGGAAUCUUUCUUCUUUAAGAGAAUUCUACUUAGAUUCCAAUACACUAAUUUCCCAUAUUCCAUCAACUUUUUGGAGGAACAGAGAUAUUUCAAUUCUCACUUUGUCCUCCAAUUUGCUGAAUGGGUCUCUUGCAGUAGAAAUGGGGAAUUUAAGGAGUUUGCGGAUAUUACAUUUACAUGGUAAUCAGUUCUCUGGUCAGAUUCCUAGCACAAUUGGCCAACUACAAAAUUUGGUUAGCCUUUCAUUGUCAAAGAAUAUGUUAGAUGGUUCCAUACCUGAACUAUUUGAAGAUUUGGUUUCAUUGGAACACUUGGAUCUAUCUAGCAACAAUCUAUCAGGCAUGAUCCCCAAGUCCUUGAGGAAUCUUGAACAUCUCAUUUAUUUCAAUGUCUCGUUCAAUGGGCUCAUGGGUGAAAUUCCAGAUGAGGCCAUUCGAGUUGUAGUCACAACCAUUUUCAUCAUUUGGUUUCUGAAAUGCCGAAAAAGGGGUACGGAACUUCCUCUAGUUGAUACAUUUGGUCAGGUACAUAAGAGGAUUUCGUACUAUGAUAUUUCUCAAGGGACAAACAACUUUGAUGAAGCAAACUUGAUUGGAAGGGGUAGCCUUGGUUUGGUGUACAAAGGGACACUAGCAGAUGGAAUGGUUGUGGCAAUAAAGGUAUUCAAUACAGAACUGCAACACGCAUUUAGGAGUUUUGAAGUGGAGUGUCAAGUUUUACGUAGCAUUCGACACAGAAACCUUGUUAAGGUGAUAAGUAGUUGUGCCAAUUUUGAUUAUAAAGUGUUGGUGCUAGAGUACAUGCCCAAUGAAAACCUCGAAUGUUGGCUUCACUCUACUGACAAAUUAUUGGAUUUAACUCAAAGACUAAAGGUGAUGAUUGAUGUGGCUUCUGCUGUGGAGUAUUUACAUGGAGGUCAUUUGUUUGUAGCCGUCCAUUGUGAUUUGAAACCAAGUAACAUACUUUUGGAUGGAGAUAUGGUGGCAAAAGUGAGUGACUUUGGGAUAUCCAAACUUCUAACAGCUGAGACGCUAAUAGCACAUACCAAGACUUUGGGUACUAUCGGCUACAUGGCACCAGAGUAUGGAUCAGAAGGCAAAGUAUCAACCAUGGGAGAUGUUUAUAGCUUUGGUAUUUUGUUAAUAGAGACUUUUACAAGAAAGAGCCCCGUGGAUGAUCUAUUCGUUGGAGACUUCACCUUGAAAAGAUGGAUAUGCCAAUCAUUACCAAACCGAGUGGUGGAUGUAGUGGACAUUAAUCUAUUUUCACUGGACGAAGAAAAUCUUACUUCUAAAGAGAGAUGCUUCAAAUCAAUCAUGGAAUUAGCUCUUGAAUGCACAAACGAUUUGCCUGAAGAGAGAAUUUGCAUGGAAGAUAUUACUCUGCGACUCAAGAAGAUCCUAACUCAAUUUCUGCAAAAUGUUCAUUUGGCAAAAAGACACAUGGGCCGGGCGCCCGGGCCACGACAAUAUGAUCAUCUCCCUCCUCAGUAUGAAGGUGAUCUGUUAUUUAUGCAGCAGAGCUUCAAUAAGAUGAAAGAAGCUGUCAAUGUAUCCCAAGAAACAGAGAUAUGA